UCCUCACAUACCGUCGUUUAACACGUCUGGUAACAUUCCUCCCGAACACAGCUCUCCCACAGUACCAAUAACAAACCGAUAGAAAAUCACAAAACCCCGUUUCAGCGAUCAAACACGCUUCAGAUUUUCAAUCCAACGCCAACGCUCGCGUGAAUCGAUUUUCUCCCAUAAACGAAAACCCAUAGAAUCUAAACGAAACCAAAGGUGAAAAAAUCAAUCAAUCUUUUCAAUUUCGAUUACCGAAGCAAAUCGUGAAUCAGUUGAACGAUGACGGAGGAUAGUAACGUUAGGGUUUCUUCUUCGAAUGAAGCUUCGCAAACGAGACAGAGAAAGAAGAGAAAGUGGGAUCAACCGGCAGAGUCAUUGUUACCUGCUGGGAUGGCAAUCCCUGGAGUUCUUCCUUUGAGCAAUUCUGUGCCUCUUGGCGGCGGGGUUGUAUUUUCGGGUGUGACUUCAGCAAUAUCUGGUGCUCUUUUGACAAAUCCUUUGGCAGCUGCAGCUCUGCUUCAGCAGCAAAGCACGGCGGCGGCCCAAAAAUUGAAUCAACAAAAGAUUCAAGAUGAGUUGGUAAUUGCUCGAGAAAUCGUCAUAAAUGAUGCAGAAUCUUCUAUUCGUUACAAAUUGACAAAACGCCAGACACAAGAGGAGAUUCAGAAGUGCACUGGUACUAUUGUUAUAACUAGGGGAAAGUAUCGACCGCCCAAUAUGCCGCUCGAUAGUGAAAAGCCAUUGUAUCUCCACAUCUCUGCAGGAGCUCAUAUAAAAGAUACGGCAGAACGGAUUUUAGUUGUUGAUCGGGCUGCUGCAAUGAUUGAAGAAAUUCUAAGGCCGGGGCAGAAUUCACAGUCAAUUUCUUCUGCCUCACCUUCACCUUUGGCUAAUGGACUGAAGGUACUCAGCACAAGUGUGUUUUUGGGCUUUGAUGCUGACCCAUCAUGGAACAUUGUUGCCCGUAUACGUGGACCAAAUGACCAGUAUAUAAAUCACAUUACCAAUGAAACAGGAGCAACAGUCAAACUGAGAGGACGUGGUUCAGGAACUGAUGAAGGGUCAAGUGAAGAAGAUGGACAACAGCCUAUGCACCUGUUUUUGUCUAGUAACAAUGCAAAAAGCCUUGAACAGGCUAAGUCCUUGGCAGAAAAUCUUUUGGAUACAAUCAGUAUGGAAUGUGGUGCUUCAAGGAUUUCAUCAUGUAAAGCUUAUAGUGCUGUUCCACCUCCACAGCCCGUAUAUACUGCUGUUCCACCUCCACAGCCAGUAUAUACUGCUGUUCCAUCACCCCAGCAGGUUUAUAGUGGCCCUACUGCCAUUUCGCCCCUACAACAAGGUUAUAGUGCUGUUCCACCCCCACAGCAGUUGUUGGCUGGAGUUCAGAGUUUGGCGGCAAGCACAGGCGUAACGACUACUUCAAUGUCAUUGACCACAGUUUCAACAGCAAUUCCUCUAGCCAACACAAUUGGUUAUACUCCUCCUUUAGUAGCAGGUGGAACUAGCUAUAUUGGAUAUGGUGGAAUAUAUCCUCAAGCUACCCCAUUGCAACAAGUUGCCCUUGCCCUGAGGCACACGCCUCCUGUUGCUUCAACAGUUGCUCCCACAACUUCGGCAUCAAGCAGAGAAUCGAAGUCAAUCACAAGCUCUGAUCAUGAAAAAGAGGAAAAACGGACAUCCCAGCGACGAAAGUUUCAAGAAUUACCAGUUGUUUCAAAGGGCACAAAACACAAUCAGGGAUUGGAACUUAGAAAACCUAAUGAACGAUAUGAUGAUUUGGAUGUGAGGAAUAUAUCGAAUAUGCCUGCUCCUAAGAAGUUGAUCCAGCCGUCGUCCAAUGGAAUUCAACCGGCCCCGCCAAGAACUAUGCCUCCACCACCUCCUCCAAAAAGAGCUAUGCCCCCGCCACCUCCUCCACCUAAAUUUUAUGAUUCAACUGAAGUUAAAGUACAAGACAGGAGCAAUAAUUCACUGAAGACAAAACCCGAUGCAGUUCCUGAUACUUUGGUCAAGCUAAUGGAAUAUGGUGAUGACGAUGACGACGAUGAUGAUCUAGACGGUUCACAUGAGGAAAUUCUUCCCCGCACCAUCAAAGCAAUUGGGGCUCAAAAGCCUUUUUGGGCUUUAUGAUCUGUGUAGUGUGGAUGUCAUACAUAAGUUAUGUAAAUAAGCAAUUGUUUCAGUUGUGAUUUAGCCAUUUCAUCAAUUCCUGCUGAUCAUGGGUAACAGUUACUCUUUCCCAGUGCAAUGGCUGGUCAAGCACGAUUUUUGGAGAAAAUGUAGUUGUUGAGUAGCAUUCGAAAUCUACUGGCUAUGAUUGCCCAUUCUCAUCUGCUUUCCAGAUCAUCUGUUGUAGUUGUCGUAAUUUAAGUAAAGCAUAUCCACCAGUAGUUGUUUUUUAGUAGAGUAUAGUUGGCCACCAAUGUGAUUAACAAUGCCAUGAUUAUGGGUUGAAUACUGCUUUUUGCUUCCCUUUUUUAUAGUUGACUAACUCUUACAAACUGUGCCGAAUGAUGAAUGAUACUGUAGUCCCCAGUUUGUCUAA